AUGAUUACUGAAACAAGCAAAGAUAUGGAAGACCACUCAAAGAAGUGCCUUCUCCAAAGCGAAGCCCUCUCCAAGUACAUACUGGAAACUUCUGCCUAUCCCAGAGAGCAUCCACAACUGAAGGAACUGAGGGACGCAACUCUGCGGGAAUACAAGUAUUGGAGUUUAAUGAGCGUGCCGGCUGAUGAAGGGUUACUUCUCUCAAUGCUUCUAAAGGUCAUGAACGCCAAGAAAACCUUGGAGAUUGGAGUGUUCACUGGUUAUUCUCUCCUUUCUACUGCUCUUGCUCUUCCAGACGAUGGCAAGAUAACAGCGAUUGACCUGAGUAGAGAAGCCUAUGAAAUGGGACUGCAAUUUAUUAAGAAGGCUGGUGUAGAGCAUAAGAUCGAUUUCGUGCAGUCAGAUGCCCUCACAGUUCUCAACAAUCUCCUCACGAAGGAGAAACAAGAAGGGGCUUUCGACUUUGCAUUUGUGGACGAUGACAAAGAGAACUACAUGAGUUACCAUGAGCUGUUACUGAAACUGGUGAGGGUUGGAGGAAUCAUAGCUUAUGACAACACCUUAUGGCGGGGUAGAGUUGUUGUUGCAGAGGAUGAACCAGCUGUUGACGUUGCAAGGGAUGCCGUGAGAAAGCUCAACACUUUCUUGGCCUCUGAUCCUCGCAUCGACUUAUCUCUUGUUUCAAUUGCAGAUGGCCUCACCCUCUGCAGGCGCCUCUACUAG